AUGUCCGGCGUGGUGCGCACCCUGAGCCGCUGCCUGCUGCCGGCCGAGGCCGCGGGCCGCGCCGGGGAGCAGCCGCGGAGGGACGGCAAGGAGCGGAGCCGCGAUGCCGAGCGGGAGGCGCGGCGGCGCAGCCGGGAGAUCGACGCGAUGCUGGCCCGGGAGCGGCGCGCCGUGCGCCGCCUGGUCAAGAUCCUGCUGCUGGGCGCCGGCGAGAGCGGCAAGUCCACCUUCCUCAAACAGAUGCGGAUCAUCCACGGCCGCGAGUUCGACCAGAAGGCGCUGCUGGAGUUCCGGGCCACCAUCUACGAGAACAUCCUCAAGGGCUGCAGGGUUCUGGUUGACGCACGGGACAAACUGGGGAUCCCUUGGCAGUACACAGAGAAUGAGAAGCAUGGAAUGUUUCUGAUGGCUUUUGAAAAUAAAGCUGGAAUGCCCAUCGAGCCUGCCACCUUUCAGCUCUAUGUCCCUGCCCUGGGUGCACUCUGGAGGGAUUCAGGAAUCAAGGAAGCCUUCAGCCGUCGGAGCGAGUAUCAGCUGGGUGAAUCAGUGAAAUACUUCCUGGAUAACCUGGAUCGGAUUGGUCAACUGAACUAUUUCCCCAGCAAACAAGAUAUUUUGCUGGCCAGAAAAGCCACAAAGGGGAUAGUAGAGCACGAUUUCAUAAUUAAAAAAAUUCCUUUCAAGAUGGUGGAUGUAGGGGGACAGAGAUCUCAGCGUCAAAAAUGGUUCCAGUGCUUUGAUGGAAUAACUUCAAUUUUGUUCAUGGUCUCCUCCAGUGAAUACGACCAGGUCCUCAUGGAAGACAGGCGCACAAACAGACUCGUGGAGUCCAUGAAUAUCUUUGAGACAAUAGUCAAUAACAAGCUUUUCUUUAACGUUUCCAUUAUCCUAUUCCUCAACAAGAUGGAUCUUCUCGUGGAGAAGGUAAAGACUGUCAGCAUUAAGAAGUAUUUCUCGGACUUCAAGGGCGACCCUCACCGUCUGGAGGACGUGCAGCGUUACCUGGUGCAGUGCUUCGACAGGAAGAGGCGGAACCGCAGCAAGCCCCUCUUCCACCACUUCACCACGGCCAUCGACACGGAGAACAUCCGCUUCGUGUUCCACGCCGUCAAGGACACCAUCCUGCAGGAGAACCUCAAGGAUAUCAUGCUUCAGUGA